AUGGCCCAAGGCUCCCGCCACAACCGGGUGCCCCGCCUCCCCUCCCCACGGCGAUGCGACACUCCUCCCGUCCGCCCGCCCUGCGCCCGAGACACGAACGCGCCCUCCUUGGUUCGAGGCUCCGGGGCACAGCGCGUCCCCGCCCAGCUUCUAACCCACUCCCCUGCGGAGCUCAGGAAUUGCAAAGGCAGCCCCGGGGUGACGAGGGGACCCCUGCGCGGAGUGGCGCUCCGAGUCCGACUGUACGCCGAGCUGGCGACCUUCAGCCCGCCUUCAGGGUCGGGCCGGCUAACGGAGAGCGGCUACCGGGUCUGUCCGGGCGCAGCCAGAAGCCGGGAGGGCGGGCGGCCAAGUGGCGGCUCCGUGCUCAUUUCCCCCGCCGCGGUCACAACUCGGGUCCCGGGGCAAGUCCAGAAUGUCCACACAGGCCUUGAUCUGACCGUGCCCCAGCAUCAGGAGGUGCGGGGCAGGAUGAUGUCCGGCCAUGUGGAGUACCAGAUCCUGGUGGUGACCCGGCUGGCUGCAUUCAAGUCAGCCAAGCACAGGCCAGAGGACGUCGUCCAGUUCUUGGUCUCCAAAAAGUACAGCGAGAUUGAGGAGUUUUACCAGAAACUGAGCAGUCGCUAUGCAACAGCCGGCCUCCCCGCGCUCCCCAGAAAGGUCCUGUUUGUGGGGGAAUCUGACAUCCAGGAAAGGAGAGCCGUGUUCAAUGAGAUUCUGCGCUAUGUCUCCCAGGAUGCCGAGUUGGCAGGCAGCCCAGAGCUGCUAGAAUUCUUAGGCACCAGAUCCUCAGGUGCUGCAAGUCUCACCAGCAGAGAUGCCUCUGUCCUGGAGGGCACAGACAGCCAGGAAGGGGACGAGGAGGCUUUUGACUUCUUUGAGCAGCAGGACCGAGUGAGGGGUGAGGGUACCCCCGUCCUGGGCCUGAAGGGUGAGGAUGCAGAGAAGUCCAUGGAAGAGGAGGAGGAGGUGUUGGAUCCCCUGGGCAUCAUGCGCUCCAAAAAGCCCAAGAAAUGCCCCGAAGUGGCAGUCAAACCCAAGCCUUCCCCCCGGCGCUCCAUCUUCGAUGAGGAGCUGGAUCCUGAUGAGGGGCUCUUUGGCCUAGGCAGGAAGCUCUCUCCACAGGGCCCCUUGAAGGACAUGACCCCCACAGAUUCCCUGAAGCUAUUUGACGAUCCUGACCUCGGUGGGGCCGUCCCCCUGGGCGACCCCUUACUGCUGCCAGCUGCCUGUGAGAGUGCAGGGCCCACAUCCAGCCUGGGCUGCCAGGAUGCCUCUGAGGAGCUGUUCAGAGUCGAAGAGGACUUGGACCAGAUUCUGAACCUAGGAGCUGAGCCCAAACCGCAGCCCCAACUUAAGCCCAAGCCACCAGUGGCAGCUAAGCCAGCACUACCCAGAAAACCAGCUAUUCCCCCCAAAGUGGGCUCGUCUGAAGCUGUAGUCGGGCAGCGGAAGCAGCAGCAGCAGAUCCAAGCCAUGGACGAGAUGGACAUCCUGCAGUACAUCCGGGACCACGACACACCUGUCCGGUCCACCCCCAGCCUCUUCUGACCACCCUCCCUAUGCUGGCCUCUGGCCCAGCUGACCCUCCCAUGUGGGCGUGCCUGCCAGGCUAUGACCUCUAUCCCCAUGGGACCCAGUACUGCACUGUGGGUUCAGAGUUGAAUACCUGUUUCUCCUGGGCUGUGGGGUCAGAGUGGAACCCCUGCAGGGUCAGAGAGCAAGGUAACCAUAGGAAUUGGAGCCCAAGUUGUCUCAGUCCACGUGGAUGCAGAGGGGAGAGUGUGUGGGGAGGCCUCACUAACUGUGAGACACGCAGGGGCCCCAGGGAGGUGUCACAUGGCGCAGGGAGACCUCAUGACCACAGACUCUGCAGCCCUAGCACAGGAGGGAAGACCAGCUGGCCUGGGCCUGGGGUCUCUGCUGGCAUGGCUGCCGGGAGCCUGCAGGCUCUGGGUGGGCCUCCCAGGAACGGGACACUGACCAAGAAACCCUGGCUGUCUGGGGUGUUCUGACAUGAGCCUCCUCUAGUUACCAGCACCAAAGGGAAAAGCUGGGCUCAGCCCUGCCUCUCAGGUAUGGAGGUCCCACUGCCAGGCCCCAAGGCCUCCUCCCUUUUCCUUUCCAGGAAAGGCCUGGCCAGCCUAUGGCCUCCUUGGGCCUCUGGGCACAGAGCCAACAUCCACCCUCGCAGCUCUCAGCGAGCAAGUCACAGCAUGUCCCAGAGCUCUGCCCAGGCCUGGAGCUUGGGACAGGCUUCCAGCUGGUGCUGCCUCCUAUUCCCAAUGGGGCACGAGGCUCUCAGGCUUCUGCCCUGACACCUUCCCUGUCCUCAGUGUCUGGACUUCCUCAGUGGCCUUCAUCGGAGGAGCCGCCUUCCCAGGGAGAAAGAGCUGUGCACAGGGCAGGGCCAGUGCCUUAGACUUCUCCCAGACCCCCAGGCACCCGAGACUGGGCACCACGUGGUGCUCAGGAAAUUCUCAGUGAAUGAAUGACGUCUAAUGAGCAAAA